AUAAGUCAGUUUAGUUCAUCGCAUUUAUUAACAGAAUUGAAGUUGAACUCGCAUCGUAAUUACACUCAAUUAUACCAUGAAGUUGAUCAUAGCCGCCAUCUUGUUCCUGGCUGUUGGGGUUCUGAGUGUCCCCACAGAGAGAGACGACAGUUUAUCUCAGGAGGAAGACACUGUAACCUGUUUAACCAGUUUUUUAAUACCGGAAAGUGAAGAAGAUAUUAACUAUGACAACGAGGAAACAGAUGUAGAUAACUCCUAUGAUAACGAAGAAGAAGAUACUUUACUCGAUAUCAAUAAUGACAAAGUUGAGAAAAACCCUUUGAUCUGUGUGCUGCGCCUAAUUAAAGGUAUCAGGGAAUGCAUUAAAAAAUAUAAGAAGCAUCACAAGAAGGCGGCUCUCGUUGGUUGUAUUGCGUCGAAAGUCACAAAAUUCAUGGCUUGUGUGAAGUAAAUGUUGAGGAAUUAAGAAAUUCGACGUACAAGAAUAAUUGCUAAAGUCAUUUGAAUGGAUAAUAAAUUAUAUAAACAAUAUAUAUACCUACACUCGCUUCAUCAAUGAUACUUUUAAAUAACCGGUCGGAGUUAUAAUUACAAUUUUUUUUAUUUGGUAUCUAAAAUAUAUUUGUUUUUAUUAA